AAAAUAAUAGUGACAUUUGAGUAGUGACCAUAUAAAUUCAUAAAGUCAAAGAUGUCAUUAAAAGUAACAUUUCUCAUAACAUUAACGGCACUUGCGCUCUUGCUGAGCGUUGAACAAACCGAUGGCCGACCAAAUCCCGAAGCCGAUGCAAGUGCGACGCACGAUGUCCUUAGUAAAUUGGGUAGUAUCUUCAAAGUUGGUCCCGGUAUGAUGGUAUUCAAUACACGCCCAUCGGGUAUACAUCCAAAUGAGGUGCUUGACGAUGAUGAGGACAUUUUCGAAACCGAGAAUAUUACUUGCGCUGAACGCAGUGCCGGAAAGUCCUAUUGCACAGAAGUGCCAAAUUAUUUGGAAGCCACACAACUGGACAAAAUCGAUCCGCAGCAGUUUGAACAAUUCAGUUCGUAUUUCAAAGACGAUUUCAUCCAGCCAUUAAAUGUGACAAAUCGCAUGGAGGAGGAAGGUGAGGAGAAUUUCUGCAAUAGCAGAGCGCGCAUGAUUUAUCCGAAAAGUGUUGAGACAAAGGAUUCUAAAUGGGUGUUGGUGGUGCAGCAUGCGCAGUACAGACAAGGUGUGCUGGUGGAGCAGUGCGAAAAUGAGGGCAGUUCUUGCAAAUAUGAAGAUCUACUGCCAAGAGGUAUCUCAUCGAAAUGUAAGCAGCACUACAUGUUUAGGAGUUUGGUAGUGUUGGUGAAUGGUAUGUUGAUGGAGCGCAUGGUUAAAUUGCCGAAUUAUUGCGAAUGCGUUUUGCGUUUCAAUUCGAAAAAGAAGUUUUGAA